UAAGCUCUUAUAACUGCUCUCUACAUAAUGUAGGCGUGACUGUCUGUGUCUGGCAGCAGGUGGCUCUAAUGCAAAUUCAGCCUACAGUCACAGUCGACGAGUUCCGGGGUAAACACAACAGCCGUUACAAUGACUGAGUCGGGUUCAAAGUUAAGAAUAUUUAAGUUUUUAAAGAUAAUUAUUAGCAGCUUGCUUAUUACAGUCCUGCUGUUAUUUACAAUAGCGGCUAUCAGGACUCUUUCACUGGACGUUAACGCCGGACUUCAACUCGCACACUGGGAAAAGACUAAUAACAAAUCGCUCGUCAUUGACCACCAUCAGAGAGAGGAGCUCCUAGCAAAUUUUAAAGAGGCAAUCCGCAUCCCCACCGUAUCAUUCUCAAAUACAGAAAGCAACACCACUGCGCUGCAUGAAUUUGACAGAUUCCUCCGAAAAGCCUUCCCUACAGUUUUCUCUUCUAGCUUGGUUCAUCAUGAAUUGGUGGCAAACUACAGCCACUUGUUUUGGGUGAAAGGAUCACAGCCUGAACUGGUUCCAUACAUGCUGCUGGCCCACAUUGAUGUAGUACCUGCUUCAGAGUCAGAUGGUUGGGAAGCGCCGCCAUUUUCUGCAAAGGAGAUCGAUGGCUUCAUCUACGGCAGAGGAACCAUAGAUGACAAAAACAAUCUAAUGGGAAUACUUCAGGCGCUGGAGUACUUGCUGUUAAAGGGCUAUGCUCCACGCAGGGGAUUUUACAUCGGUCUUGGUCAUGAUGAAGAAAUCAGUGGUCUCAAUGGAGCGAUGAACAUAGUGCGUAUUCUGAAGCAACGUGGUGUCCAGCUGUUGUUUGUCAUGGACGAGGGCCUGACUAUAUCUGAUGGAAUCAUUCCUGGUCUUGAAGGACCUGCUGCUCUAAUUGGGUUAAGUGAAAAAGGCCAGGCUGCUAUAAAGCUUAGUGUGUCUGUGGCCCCUGGUCACUCCUCGAUGCCUCCCAGGGAAACUAGCAUUGGGAUCUUAGCCACAGCAGUCAAAAGACUAGAGGACAACCCAAUGCCGAGGUUAUUUGGUUAUGGCCCUGAAGGUGACACCUUUGAGCAUCUGGCCCACAAGUUCAGUUUACCACUAAAGUUCAUAAUGUCGAAUUUGUGGCUCUUCUCUCCGCUCCUUAGCAGGAUACUUGAAAGAAAACCAGUAUCUAAUGCAUUUGUAAGGACUACCACAGCAGUCACCUUUUUUAAUGCAGGAGUAAAGAUAAAUGUUAUUCCUUCCCUUGCUGAAGCUUAUGUAAAUCUACGAAUUCACUCAGCGCAGUCGGUACAAGAGGUACUGGACAUAAUCAAGGAUACGGUGGGUGACCAGCGAGUGAAGGUAGAACUUGUUGAUGGAUUCGACCCUCUACCCAUCAGUGGUGCUGAUGACAAGGCCUUUGGCUUCCAAAUUAUUAAGAAAACGGUGCUGGACUUGUUUCCAACAGUUACAGUUGCUCCAGCUGACUCUUUUCAGUGAUAUGUGAGUAGAUAGAGCACUGACCUUUCUGCAGUAAAAUCGCUGUGAAUUGGCCAUCUAGAAUUUUGCAUUCAAGAUUAAGUUUUGGUGCUCUAUGCAGACUGAUGUACUAUUUUUUUCUGAACUCUAUGGUGGUAUGAUAUGAUACAAUUAACCAGUUAUUAUAUAUGUCUUAUUGUGGGACACUGAUAGUAGUGCAGUCAUAAAGAUACAUCUCAUGGCUUUUUGAUUUGGACCGCUCAUAAUGAAUAGUACUAAUGACAGCACUACCUACAGGGAUGCUUAAUUUAAAUAAAAUACUGGAUUUAAUGUUCAAAGAAUGCUGUGUUUUACUGGCUGACUCAUUAAAAUGAUUUGUAAAUGUGA